UAUUGAAUGAUUAGAUAUAAUCAUGACAAGUCCAAAUAGCACCAUAUACCUACCGUUAACUAUUUCUGAAAAUUCAAGAUUAAACAAUCGAUAUGACUGAAGCAAAAGAAAACAGUGAACCAAGAAAGUCCUUAUAUAUGAGAAUAGCGCCAAUUAUUGAAACAUACGAUGAAGUGAUAAAAAACAAAUUGGAAAGUGGGAAAUUUCCUUUCACAAGACCGGGAAUCAUAAAAUUAGGAGCUAUGGUAUGUUUGAUAGCCAGUUUAGGAUUAUUUUUUGGGACAUCCUUAUGCGAUGAAACGUCUUCAUGGUACCCCUAUUUAUUACCUUCCUCUGUAACAGCUGCAUCAACUGUUUUAUUGAUUUUGUAUAUUAUAUUUGCUUCUGGAUGCACAAUCAGGAACCCAACAGUUUGGGUGAAAAUUGACAUAAUACUGAAUCUGUCCCUUUCGAUCAUUGGUAUAACUUCUAUCGUAACAAGUAUGUGUGAUUGUGGAAAAGGAGACUUUUCACAAGUUAUAAUUGGAGCUGUUGGCAUUUGUGGAUAUCUCAUGUCGGUUGUUGGAUGCAUUUCCAUAUUUUUAAUGUACAGAUUCGUUGAUGAAAAACCCACCCAGCCUAAUUCAAGAAGAACUAUGGAUCCUCGUAAAUCUGUUUUUGCUUAAACAUUAUUAAGCAUAAACGAAUUGGAGACAUAAAAAUACACAGAAAAAAAAAAUUAUAUAUUAAAAAAACAAAAUAAGGCAAGAUGAAAUUGAAGAUUGGAAACUGAACUAUAGAGAGUAACAAUGAAAAAAAGGCUAGUUUGCUUUUUGAACAAUCAUUGAGUGAAUACAUUUUUGUUGUGAAAAAUUUAAAAAUUGAAUUCUUUUUUCAUUAAAGAUAUAUACAAAGAA